AUGUAUGGAAAAAUGUCAUCUGAGGAAGCAUUAGGAAGACAAUUGAAAGAAAUUGGGCUUACAAAAGGAAUACUGAAAGCAUUCCUUGAUUAUUACUCUGUAAAGUUAACCGAUGGUAUUGAACGUCUGGUUGCAUCUCUUCGUGCAAGUAACAUUGACAUCUACCUAAUAAGUGGAGACAUCUUCGAUUUGGUUAUCAAAGUGGCUAAACGCCUGGGUAUCCCUGAGGAUCAUGUAUACGCUAACCACUUGAUCUACGAUGCCUAUGGCGCUGUUGUUGAUUUCGACCGGAACCUACCAAUCUCUCGCUCAACGGGAAAAGCCGAAGUUGUUGCAUCGUUGAAGUCCAAACUAUCGCCGGAUAAUGGUGUCUUAGUAAUUGGCCCCAGAGUCACAGAUGCUGUAGCUUUCCCUCCCGCGGACACAUUCAUUGGUUUUGGAGGUAUCUACGAAAUACAAAAAGUUAAAGAUUGCGCCAAAUAUUAUUUUUACUCCAUGGACGAGAUACACAAAUUCCUAAAAAAUUCAGCUCUGAUUAGAUCACCCUGA